AUGCCAUCUUCAAAUAAAAAUUCCAACGUUGAGGAUUACUAUGGUUACUGGCAAUUGUAUCCCAAUAAUACACGUGUUCGUCGGUGGUUUCUGCAGUUUGAAGCAUUAAAAAAUAGUGGACCAUUUUGUAUGAGAGCUAUAGCCGCUUUUACAGUUGCGUAUCAUGUGGCAUAUUAUUCUUAUCAGUUCACUGCAGUAAGUGCAGAAGAUCGACACGAUUUGAGACAUGUAAUGUGGUUGAAACAGAAAUUACCUUUCUUCACAUCAGUUGGCAUUCAUUGCAAAGACGAAAUGAAAACGGAAUGGUUUCUGAGAAAAUAUCCGGAUCAAUACAGAGCAGAGAAUGUGAGGACACCAAUCUUAAGCUUUUGUUGUGGUGUGGGUAUUUUAUCAAUAGUUUUGGUUAUUUACAAUCGAUAUUGUCUGGACGCAAGAAAGCUAGCGGAUGGCGAAGCAGUGGAUUGGAGAUUGAUGUAUUAUCUGAAGAAAUACAUUCCAGCAUUCCGAAAUUUUGGCAUACCGUAUCGGGAAUAUAAGCCAGAUGAUUUCUGA